GUGUGUGUGUGUGUGUGUGUGUGUGUGUGUGUGUGUGUGUGUGUGUGUGUGUGCGCGCGCGUCCGUUCGUGGCUGCGGACGGAGCUGCGCGGCUUCAGGUGCGGCUCGUGAAGGUUACGGGGACGCGCUUGUCGGCUUGGGCAGGAAACACUGCUAAUGCCACAACAGCUUCUACAUUAAGCCCUUGUCUUGGAGCACUUUCACCCCAGAACCAUGUGUCAUCUCAUACCACUCCUGCUUGCUCUGUCCCUCGCACUAUUCUCCGGCUCUGUGUAUGGUGGAGCAGCCGGGGUUUUUGACGAAUCUUCAGGUUAUGGACCUGUUUUUGAGGAGCAGCCAUUUGACACCAUCUACCCUGAGGAGUCUCAAGAAGACAAGAUAAUCAUGACAUGCCGAGCACGAUCCAGCCCACCUGCCACAUACAAGUGGAGGAUGAAUGGCUUGGAGCUUGAGAUCCCGGAGGAGGGUAACGUGCACUACGGCAUGAUGGGGGGAAAUCUGGUCAUCAGCAGACCUGAUAAUAGCAAACACGCUGGGAACUACUCUUGCAUGGCGACAAAUGAGUUCGGCACGGUCCUCAGUCGAGAGGCGUUCGUCGAGUUUGGAUAUUUAGACAUGUUUUCAACAGAGGAGAGAGAAGCUGUGCGUGUGAAAGAAGGUCAGGGAGUGGUGCUGUUAUGUGCUCCACCUCCACAUUUCCCAGAUGAUCUUACCUUUCGCUGGAUGCUGAAUGAAUUUCCCAUUUUCAUCCCGCUGGAUAAGAGGCGUUUUGUCUCUCAGACCACAGGAAAUCUCUAUAUCGCUAAAGUAGAGGCUUCUGACCGAGGGAACUACUCCUGCUUUGUCUCCAGCUUAUCCAUUGCUAAGAGUGUCUUCAGCAAGUUUAUCCCUUUAGUCCCACAGACCGAGAGGUCUGUUCGGGAAUACGCAGCUGAUAUAAAAGUGAUGUUUCCGGACACGUAUGCUCUGGUUGGCCAGAACAUCACCCUGGAGUGUUUUGCAUUGGGAAAUCCCAUUCCCCAGAUCAAAUGGAGGAAAGUGGAUGGAGAGCUGCCUGUUUAUCAUGAGAUCAGCAAGGCAGGAGGACUUUUGCGCAUCUUUAACGUACAGUACGAGGAUGAGGGAGCGUACAAGUGUGAGGCGAUCAACUCAAAAGGCAAAGACUGGCACAAAGCGAACCUCUAUGUGGAAGCUGCUCCGGACUGGGUGGAGCACAUCAGCAGCAGCGAGAGGGACAUCGGCAGUGACUACACCAUGUCCUGCGUGGCCGGUGGAAAACCCAAGCCUCAUGUAUACUUCUUGAAAAAUGGCCAAAUGUAUCGCAAGCACGAGUUGCACUUCAAAGAACUGACAACUCAUGACUCAGGGAUGUACCAGUGCAUAGCUGAGAAUCGCCAUGGAGUGAUCCAAGCCAACGCUGAACUGCGGGUCUUCGUGGGCGCCCCUUCAUUUGAGUUCAACCCGGUUAAGCAGAGGCUGCUGGGAGCAAAGAAUGGCCGUGUAGUGAUUGAGUGCAAACCGAAAGCAGCUCCCAAACCCAUAUUUUCCUGGAGCAAAGGCACAGAGCUGCUCUCUAAUUCCAGCAGGAUUUUCAUUUGGAACGAUGGGAGUCUGGAGAUCCACAACGUUACCAAGUCAGAUGAGGGAAAGUACACAUGCUUUGCUGAGAAUGACAGGGGCAAAGCUAACAGCACUGGAUCGCUGUCAGUCACAGAUGCCACUAAGAUCACGUUGGCUCCCUCAAAUGCUGAUGUGAGCGUGGGUGAAAACGCCAGGAUGCAGUGUGCUGCAUCACAUGACUCGAGCCUCGACAUCACCUUCAUCUGGUCACUUAAUGGCCAUGCCAUUGACUUUGACAAGGAGGAAGGGUUCUUCCAGCACACAAUUGACAGUCAGGCAGGUGUGUCCAACUGUGAGCUGCUGAUUAAGAAGACUCAGCUGAGGCACGCAGGAAUCUACACCUGCACGGCCCAGACACCUGUGGACAAUGUCACAGUUUUCGCUGAACUGGUAGUACGAGGGCCUCCAGGAUCUCCAGGAGGAGUGCGUGUGGAGGAGGUUGGUGUGCAGUCUGUGAAGCUUUUCUGGAGUCACGGCACAGAUAAUCUCAGUCCCAUAUCCAAAUACAAUAUUCAAUACAGAGAGACCAGAUCCGAAGGGGAAUGGAAAGAUGCUGUAACCUCUCCUCGCAAUGUAGAAGGCAACGCAGAGAUGUCCACAGUAGUCCAACUGCGUCCUUGGACUGAAUAUGAGUUUCGAGUCAUCGCUACAAACACUCUGGGUACAGGAGAACCGAGCGAACCAUCAAGCAGAAUCACCACGCUGGAAAUGGCUCCUCAGGUGGCUCCUUCAGAUGUAGGAGGAGGUGGAGGAACGAGUAGAGAGCUUACCAUCACAUGGACGCCUGUUCAGCCACAGUACUACAAUGGACGUAACUUCGGCUACAUUGUCACAUUUAAGCCUCAGGAUAGCGUUCAGUGGCAUAAAGUGACCGUGCCUGACGCUAACGCUAAUCGCUACAUCCACAAAGACCCCUCAAUUCCCCCAGCCACUAAGUUUGAUGUGAAAGUAAAAGGCUUCAACAGUGUAGGAGAGGGACCCUAUAGUCUCACCGCCGUCAUAUACUCUGCUCAGGAUGCACCCUCAGAGGCUCCCACCAUUGUAGAGGCCAGAACCUUGUCAGCGACAGAAGCAAUUGUAUGGUGGCGGCCACUCGCGCAGCAGACAGUUGAGGGAUAUCAGGUGAGAUAUUGGAGGAAGUCCAUGGAGAACGAGGCUUCAGCACAGCGCAUCUCCAGCAGAGAUAACCAGACACGCCUGGAUAACAUGAAACCCAAUUCCCAUUAUGUUAUAGAAGUGCGUGCUUUCAACGGUGCAGGUUAUGGACCACCAAGCCAGAGACAUGAGAUCUACACAAAGAAAGCACCUCCAAGUCGGCCACCAAAAAUAAUCGGCACAAAGUUGAACUCCAGUGGAACUUUAGUCAACGUUGCCUGGCAGCAUGUGGAGGCUUUAGCCAAUGAAUCUGCUGUGGAGAACUAUAAGGUUCUCUAUAGACAGGAGGGCCACAGCACCGGGACACUGUACACCACAAAUAAGCAGUCCAUUGACCUGCCUAUUUACAAAGAUGGAGAUUACCUGGUGGAGGUGAGGGCACAGAGCAAGGGAGGAGAUGGCGCUGUGGCUCAAGUUCGCAUCUCAGCUGGAGGGGUCUCAUCAGCUUCAUCUCUGAGCCUCUGUGUCCUGCUGCUGGUGGCAUUGCUCAGCCUAACUCUCUGAUUGUAGCGCCAUCUCUCCUCUGCCUUCACUCACCACAGUGAAGAGGACUCUUACUGGAUUACGCCUUACAGGACUCUUAUUUUACAAAUUCCUAUGCUCAACAACGAAUAUUCCCAACCUGGACUGAACGAUGUUGGAAGAAAAGACAAUACAGAAAUCUAGAUAGGACAAGGAUGUUAAGGAUUGUCUGAUUCAGUAUAGACUUAACCAUGAAGCAGUGUCAAAAGGAGUUCUCUAAAGUUCAAUAUGCCUUAUAAUAUCUCUUACCCUGCUUAUGGCUGCUUGUGGGUAGAGUGACAUCUGUAUUUACAAUUUACAAAACACAAGGCUGUUUCAGCUUUAAUUUUAAUUCUGUUGACGGCUCAUUCUGUAACACCAAUAAUCUUCUCUUAAUUGACUUCGCAGUUUUCUUUCCACAGCGUUCUCUGUAAAAAGUGACAUUUGAUGAGAGAUGAGUAUCUGCAAGUUAGCGUAGUUUGCAAAUCAGCAGAACUUUUUUUUUGUUUCUGAGCUAAUCCUUUUCUUGACCGAUACAGUCAAAGCAAACUCCUCUGCUACGCCGACUCAAUACAAACUAAACAAAGUUGCGCAAAAUGAAAAAAAUAUAUAGCAAUUUAUUUCAAGCUAGUAGAUGUAUAUGCAAUAAUUUAUAAGCUAUCAAUUUCUUAAUAUAUUUCAGUAUUUCGUUGGUCAUAUUAACAUAUCAUUAAUAGAAAGAUUAUUUUACUUUAAAUAUAUGAUUUCAAAGCCCUUAAAUAAAAGGAAAUGAACAUUCGAGAGAUGUGUGCUUAUAGCCUCUGUAGACUGAACAAGGCUCAUCAGGGGUUUGAAAAAAAAAUUGUAAAUAUAUAUCUUAAUUGCUGAAAUGUCUGUACCGAGGAGUAAUUGUGUUUGUGUGUGAACUGUAGGUGUAGGAUGCAUAUCCAAACCAUGGUUUUAAACCUGAACAAGAUGAAUAUGUUUGAGUGUGUGUACAUGUGCUUGUGAGUGAACUGUGGCAUGAUAAUCCACUGCAACAGGACAUGGGCCCAAAUCUCACAGCACUUCUGGAUAAGGGUGUUGAUUUUUAAAAUAAUUUCUAUACGUCACUCAUACUGUAGUUUAAGAAACUCUGUCAUUUCAUUAGUGCUUUAAUUAAAAGGCAGCAUAAGGAAAACUUCUUGUUUUGACUGUAUCUUUGAAUUCUCUGUCAUUUAGAAGGGGUUCAUUUAAAGAAAAAAAAAAAAAGAAAUAGAACAAAGAAAAAAAGAUUUAAUUUUAAGCAUUUUUUGCUUUGUUUUUUCCAUUGGUUUUAUUUUUUAUUUUUUGGUCAUGUUCCAAAUGUUGGAAGAAACAGAUCUAUGGCCUGGGACAAGGUGCAGACUAGCUAGAAAGGUGUAAUGCUAUUAAUGUUCAGGCCUCAAAACAUAAAAAGUGCAUUCCAAUCAGAAUUUCUGAUAGUGUAUUUGCUAAAGCGUUUCAAACCUGCACAGCUGUUUUGAUUGUGUUAUAUGAGUCAUAUCACUAAUUGACCUUGUACAGCAUGACAGUGAUUGUUGGCUUAUUGAACAGGUAUUGCGAUUAAAUCUGAAAUACUUUUGUAACCCAUUGUCUUUUCACAUGUAACCCAUUCCAAAUACAGUGUGCCGAUCUGUCCAGUUUAACAGCAUUUUACUUGUUAUUAAAAUGUCUUUAGGUUUGUUACUAAAUGCAUUUCCAUUUCGACACAUUCUAUCUGAAGAUGAACCAUAAUAUAUCUCCACAAAUUUUCUUUCAUGAGAAAAGGAUAUUUCAUUUUUUAAAUGUCCCAGGCUAAUUGAAUGUGAUGUUUUUGUUUUAAUAUCUAGAAGGUAUAUUGGAUGGUGACCUCUCAGAUGGACUGUCUGUGUGCAUUUGCUUCCUUAUGUUUUGUAAUAAUUCAGCAACCACCACAAAGUGCUUUCUCUUUCCCUGUUUACUUCAGGCAACCGCAUCAUCAAUGUAAAAGGAAAAAAAAACCAAAUGCAUGAAAGCCUUUAACUUAAUUAUUGCAAUCUGCAAUUAUUUGGAGUGUUAUGGUAACGCCCUCAGAUGCAUGAUCUGGAAAUGAAUGGUUCGUUCCAGUUGCGUUAAAACGCCAUACUCAUUCGCGAUGAAGGUGACUCAUGUAACUCAGCUUCUUCUGCUCUGCCUUUUUCAGGCAAUUAAAAAGUGUGUUCGGUCUGAAUGACAGGUUGUGUAGAUGAAAUGUAACCCAUGAGUCAUUAUCUGCUUCACUGAAGCCAUUCUUCUCAAUUAAAGUUUAUAAAGUCAAACCCAA